GUUUAUUUUUUUCCUUCUGUCGCGCAUGUCCAAAUCUCAACCUGGUAAAAGGGGCAUUUGGCAUCGUUUUCUCGAAGCAGAGUAUUGGCAGACACGAAAGAAAGAAGAAGAAGAAGCGUUUCGACUUUCUAUGAUCACUCACGCCGAGGAGGAAGUGGUUAGGGAAGAAUCGAUAUUGAAGUGAAGAAUGAAAGACCCAUUGAAGAGGACGAAAGUGGUGAUUAGGCAGCUACCUCCUUCUCUCUCCAAGACCGAUCUCCUCUCUCAAAUCGACGGCCGCUUCUUUGACUGCUACAACUGGUUCUGCUUCCGUCCGGGAAAGUUCAGCCAGAAGAAUCAGAGAUAUUCUCGAGCAUACAUAAACUUUAAGAGGCCCGAAGAUGUUUUCGAGUUUGCUGAGUUCUUCAAUGGACAUGUUUUUGUUAACGAGAAGGGACAUCAGUUCAAGACCAUUGUUGAAUAUGCACCUUCACAGCUAGUUCCUAAGCCUUGUGCCAGAAAGGACAGUCGUGAAGGGACCAUCUAUAAAGAUCCUGACUAUCUGGAGUUCAUCAAACUUAUUGCCAAACCUGUUGAACAUCUUCCUAGUGCUGAAAUUCAGCUGGAAAGGAAAGAAGCAGAACAAUCUGGUACCGGGAAAGAAGACCCUGUCAUUACACCACUUAUGGAUUUUGUUCGUAAAAAACGGGCUGCUGGGAAUGGAACUCGGGCCUCAUUUGGGAAGGUUAGCAGAAGAAAUGGGCAAAAGCCUUCUAGCAAACAUGGGUCACCUGCAACCAAGCGAAUCUCUGAAAAUAAAAAGUAUAUUCAAAAGGACAGCAUAAAGAAUAGGAAUCGGAAGGACAAGUCAAAUGCUACAUCAGCAGCCAGGCGAGAGGAUCAGCCAGCUACUCUAACUGCUGGCAGCACCGAAGGUUCCAUCACAGGAAUUACUUUGAAUGCUGAUUCAGGAAAGAAAAAAAUUCUGCUUCUUAAAGGAAAAGAGCAUGAAAUUCCUAAUGUGUCAGAAGGCAUGCUGCCGCAGCCAGGUGUAAUAUCUGCUGGAGAAAGCAUGCCCAUUUCUAUUUUUCAAAAGCAGAAUCAGAGGCGUGAGGCUGGUGGGAGGAUGAUAAGAAGCAUACUUCAGAAAAAUGAACCACGUCAAAGUCAAUCUUCAACUGCUGUUCAGCCUCAGCAGAAAAUUCCAAACCUGAACCUGGAAAAUGGGAAACAAUCUCAACGGGCAACUAAUGCACGAGGAGGUUCUGUUGGUCAUGUACCUGAUGAUAAAUCACCUGCACUUGACUCUGAGGGUGAAGCAAAAAGGACAUCAGUUGAUAGGUUCAUGAAAAAGGAUAUACAUGGUUUGGAUACAGUUUCCCAGAAGCAGGAAAAACGUGUAAGAACCAGGGAUAGACCAGAUCGUGGCGUCUGGGCUCCUCUUCGUCGUUCUGAUGUUCCUCCAAGUCAGGAAAGCAUAUCACCCACUGUGACACAGUCUACUCAAUCGCCUACUGAUUCUGUUGAAGGCUCGCGCAGACAUUUUGGUCAUCAUGGACCAGCCAACCUAACAAAGGAUGAAAGCUCUUUGAACACAACUGACGGGAAGCAUUCAAAAAGAGGAGGUGCAGCAGGCUUUGGUGUCCAUGAGAAACAAAUGUGGGUUCAGAAGACUUCUUGAGGUUCCUAUGAAUAUUGAGAUCCGGUUUCACCUAAAUUUGCUCUCCAUUUCCCCUUAUGCUGGGUCUCAACCUUUUGCGUUAUGCGAUAGUGGAUGAAGAACCAUUGGCUGUAUAUUUCUGGGGGUUGCUCCCAUGGCAUGAGUUCCACAGUGAAAUAUAGCUGGAUAAAACUUCUCUGGAGAGGCUAUAGAGGUUUAAGUUUAGUCGGUGAUUGUGCAUCAUGGAUUAUCUCACAGUUUAACCGAAGACAUAUAAUUCUUUUCAUGCAGAAGAGUAACAUUUGAAUUUAGAAUCAAGCAGGAUAAAAGCACAGCCUUUGAAGGUGAAUGCACAAUCCUCGCGGACUGUCUUGUGGAAGGCACUACUAGGUGGAGAAAGUCUCUAAUGAACAAUCCCCAUUUGGGUGUAUGUUGUUGUGGUGUUAUAGGUGGACACUUGAUUGGGUGUAAGUUAUUAUGGUGUUAAAGCCUAAAGGUAAACUCUUGAUUGGUUGUAUUUGUACUAUAGAUAUCCCUACACAAAGUGAUGCUGGCGGUUUUUUUGUUAUGCAUUCAUAGGGUAGGACAUUACAUGUUGUAGUGAGAAGUACUUGGAAUGUCAAAUGUUCAUGGAAAGAAUAACCCUCACUGCUUGAUGUAUUAUAGUCUGUGUAUCUUUGAUUUUCUAGAUGCAUUUGUACUAGAUUAUAUGAUCUUAUGACAUAAGUGGGGAUAGUAACUCUUUAAGAUUUCUGAGAAACUAAGUUUUGCUUUCUGAA